AUGUACCCUCCCCUGGCCACCUCCCCGGUCACUAGUCCCGGGGCCCAGGCCGGCACAACUUUUGUGACGCGGACUGUUUCCACUGGUGAGUCAGAUCCAGACACCUCCUCAGUCACCCGUCCCGCGGAGUCCAGCUCCACCGUCCACAGGGCAGCUACCAGGGUUUCCCAUAGUCACUCGGACAGCACCGCCCCAACGGCGGCCCCCAGCCUCGGAACAGAUGCCAGUCCAGCUGACCCAGAUACACCUCCAGACUCCCCAGAAGCCAGUUCGGCUCUUCCACCUCUGACUGCCUCCCCUCAGGAUCCAGGUGCAAGCGUCUCUUUGGUCACCCAGUCUUCAGACACCAGCCCUUUUUCUCCCAAAGGCACGUCCACUGUGUCCAACAGUGGACCAGGCCCUGCACCCUGGACGGCCACUAGUGCUGGCGCAGAAGCCGUUUCAGCCCUUCCAGGGAGGACUGUCGAAACGCUUCUACCGGGGGUGGUGACCUCACAGGCCGCUGGUCCUGGGGCAGAGACCACCACGGGCGCUUCAACUUUGCCCAGUGACCAAGUUCAUCUGGAGACCACAGCCUCCCGGGCCACCCAUUCGGAAACGGAAGCCAGGUCAGCUGACCCAACUCUGACUUUGUCCCCCCGUGAGCCAGACACAACAGUCUCCUCGGUUACCCGUCCCGGGGCACAGACCAGUCCAGUCAUUUCCACUUUGGCCUUUUCCCCUGGUGUAUCGGGGGCGGACCUCUCACAGGUAAGCAGUUCUGGGGCCGAGACUGGUACAACUUCUGCAACUCUGACUGACUCCCCACCCGGACCGGAGACAGCAGCCUCGUGGGGCACCCAUCCCGCAGCAGAAGCCAGUUCCACUGUUCCAGCUGGGACUGCUUCCCCUCGCGGGCCAGACACAACAGCCCCACGGGCCCAUUCACCGGAGACCGGCGCCUCGGUUUCCAGAGAGACGCCGAAUUUCUCCCACACCGUAUCAGACGUCACAUCUUCAACAGCCACCAGUCCUGGGGCAGAAGCCAGUUCAGCCCCUCCAACGACGAGUGUCCCGCUCGAUGGACCCAGCACGGCCACCUCCCUGGCCACUAGCUCUGGAACAGAAGCCACAAGGGCUUUCUCAUCUCGCACCGAGCCCCUGCACGAAGCCGACACAGCAGUCUCCUUGGUCCCCCAUCCUGCAGAGUCCAGCACAGUUUCUCCCGAAAGCACUUCCAGUGUCUCCCACGGUGAAUCAGACAGUGCACCCUCCGUGGCCGCUAGUGCCGGGGCAGAAGCCAGUUCAGCUCUUCCCGGUAGGACUGUGGAAACUGUGGCACCAGGGGCUGGUGACGUCCCAGGCCACUAGUUCUGGAUCGGAGACGGGCCCCACUGCUGCAACUUUGACCACUUCCCAGCUUCAUCUGGAGACCACGGCCUCACGGGCCACCCCGUUGGACACGGAAGCAAGGUCAGCUGUCCCAACUCUGACUGUGUCCCCUCCUGAGCCAGACACAGCAGCGUCCAUGGUCACCCGUCCUUCAGAGCCCGGCCUUCUUGUGUCCCAAACACCUCCCACCGUUUCCCACAGUGAAUCACACACCACACCUUCAACAGCCACCAGUCCCGGGGCAGAAGCCAGUUCAGC